UUUGGUUCGGAAAUCGCUGCAAAAAAUGGAAAAUUUUAAAAUUUAGCUAUUUCGCGCGUGAUAGGAGCAAAUUCAGGUUGUUCCCUAGCUCCCGCGAGCGGAACAGGUGAAAACGGGUCGGAAUAUUCCAUCGCACGCGACUGACCCUGCCCCAGAGAACGCUCUGGCCAUCGUCGUCGUCGUCGUCGUCCGGACCUCCGUGCCGCGUUUGUCUUUUUUUUUUGUUGUUCCGUUCCGCUGGCGGUCUUCUUUCCCUCCAAAAAGGGGUGAAAAGUGCGAUCGCCGAACGCGUAGCUGUGUGUCCGAGUGUGUGCUUGGUUAGCGGCUGUCCUGGGGUAGUGGCCACGGUGCGGGGCGGAUCACGAUUUACCAAAUUUUCUUUCUGCUGCGUGUGCGUGCGUGCGUGCGUGCGUGGUGCGUCGUGUGUGUAUGCCGUCUUUGUCGUGUCCUUUCGUUUCCUGACGCGCAUCACUCCUCGUGGUUCCGCCGCAGCGUCCCCACCCCGCGUCCCGUCCGUCGUCUUGUUACCGCAGCGGAUGCCACACCACCUUUUCGGCGCCAUCAUCAUCAUCAUCAUUGUCAAGACCACCGCCGCUGAUCGGGUGAAAUUCCUCGACCGCGCUCCGCAUCAGACAGACAAGCGCUGGUGUCGUUAAGGCGUAGGCGCGUUAGUAGCUCCCACUCCCCCACAUCCGCGUCGGAAGUACGCUCUAGAACGCAAGAAAUGCUGAAGAACAAUUAAUAAAAAAAUGACCUACUAAUGCGUGCUGUGCAUGAUUGGAGCCAAACGUAGCCGAUCUCAUUAAUGUUAAACCGUCAUCUGCCGCAGCAGAAGGAACAACGGAACUAGCUAAAUUACAUAAAAACGGAAAACACAAAACCACUCCGGGCAUCGUUGGGAAGGAGAGCGUGUUUUCACAUAACGGCAAUGAAAUAUCCUGGCGGUAAUCCUUCCACAAUGUUCUGCGAGCAGGUCGGUACGGUGACCUCGCUGUUCGAGCAGUGGAACGACUGCGAGCGAACCGUCGUGCUGUAUGCGCUGCUGAAGCGCGUCCCUUUCGUCAAUCUAAAGUUCCUGCAAGUCUCGAUCGACUACAAUCUUGCGCAGAACUACAGCACACAGAGCAAGCUGCAGCAACUCGAAGCGAAGGCAAACGAUACGUCGCUGUUACGAUCGCUGGUCCAGCGGUACUACCAGCUAAGCGGCGGUCACAACAAUUCGGCGGCCGCUACCGCACUGCUCAUUGGAGGAGGGCUUCACCUGAACAACAAUAACAAUAACACGAUCAGUGUUAAUAAUAAUAACAAUAAUAAUCUCAAAACAACGGCCAGCGAAUCUUCGACCGUGUACGAGCUGCUGAAGAAGACGAACUCGCUAGUGGCGUCACAUCAUACACCUGGAGUCAACAAUCUUAUCCCGAAUGAAUCUUCCUCUGCGAAGGUUGGCGAGGGCGGUGGUGAAGGCCAUCCCCGGCAGCCGGACACGAUGGAGGAGAUUCUGAAGGACAUCCUUAUGUACCUGCCACUGUUGGCGCCAGGGAAUGAUGUUGCAAAGAGUAUGUACAUGUCACUGAUACCGGGUGCGGUAGAGGAUGCCUGCCGGCAGCUCGUGCCAACAGAGAUCGUGCAGCAGACGCUGUCCUAUCUGUUGAUUCAUCCGGCAAUUACGAAUGAAGAUCGGAGAGUACUUAGUCACCAGUUGCGGCAUUUGGAGGAUUUCAUCUCGACGUCAUAUGCACCCGCUGUACCACAACAGAACACCGGUCCGUCGAACACAGCGCUCGGCAAAAAUCGUAACUAUAUGAACCUGCAGAGCAAUGGGAACGGAACAAACACCCAUAACAAUAGCCCAAUGUCGGGCAGCAACGCACAAGUUCCGUUCCUUUCAACGAAACCAACAGGUGGUACGAACGGCGCAGUCACAGUUCCACCAUGGCAUCCGGGAGUUGGCAUCACGGUGCCACCUCCUUCUACACACUCUUCGACGCAUUCGCUAACCCAGCUAAUGCCUCCGUCAGUAGCCUCGCAGCACUCGCAUUCCUCUCUAGUCGGUCCUGAUCCACCGACCAAACAGUCAAUGAUUUUGUCAAAAUCCGUUAACCAGACGAACCCCACCAUCCCGGCAAUCGGGGGUGCCGGUCAUAACAGCAAUACGGGUGGCGGCAGCACCAUCAACUGCAGCAGUUCGUCGAGCUCGAGCUCUAGUUCGACGACGAGCUCCAGCUCAUGUCUCGAUAGUGGCGCUUCUCAGCUGUUGAAGUCCAGCUUGCGGCCACCUACAUCCGAUUGGGGUGCACCUACAGGAGCGGUAGAGUAUGGACAACGUGCGGACAACCUACCGUCCGCUGCAGCGAACGAUUUCCGAUCCACGAUCGGUAAAGUGAUGAUCACUUCUAGUCAAGCCAUGCAGCAGCUGCAACAGUCACCACCGCAACAGCAAACCCAACAGCAGCAAAAUUCUAGUUCUGGUGCUGGUGGUAACGCAGCUCCGGCAAACGAUGAUCUCAUAGCGGCCACCGAAUCGUUGCUGUUCGAUUCCACACCGGACGACCAUCACGUUUCAUUCAGCAAAAAUGGGACGGAAAUUUUCGAUUACGAUUGUGAUUUCGAUCACGAAGAUGAGUUUAACUAUCUGGCCCGCAGUUCAACGUCAGCAGCGGCUACAGCAGCGGGCUCGUUCGGUGGAACUAAUUCACUGAGCUCCACCAACGCUACUUCGGCCGGUUCCUCGACGUCGACGGGCAAGAAGCUGGUUUCUUUCAAUAACAACGUUAGCGAUUACCUGUGCGUUCCGUUGAUGCUCAAUAGCUAUCAACAAUCGCACCACCAUCAUGGCGGUAAUGAUCUAGAUCUGGAUGGGAUGCUGAUGAAAACGCGCCGUUCGAAUAGUUUGACGACACCAUCGUCCUCCUCAGUACUAUCGGUUGCCCUCGGUGCACCGGGCGAGUUGCUACACGCACAGCAAAAACAAAACAACGAAUGCCUAUCGGCUGAAAAUCUCACUAAUCUGCAGCUCCUGCAGAAUAAACCGCGCAGCUUCUCGCUGACAAUGGAAAGCCCUCGGUCAUCGCUUACAUCGAGCGGUUCCGAUACGCAGCUCGACGAUUUCAAGCACCAGGGAAGCGGCUUAAUGAAGCUGUAUGGUAAUGGAGGACAUGGUAACGUCGGUAUGUCCAGCAUUGCUCACUGGCUCAAGAGUUUGCGGCUACACAAGUACGUGUGGCUCUUCUCGAACCUAACGUACGAUCAGAUGCUGGGCAUCACGGAGGAGUAUCUGCAGAACCUCAGCGUAACCAAAGGUGCCCGGCACAAGCUUGCGCUGUGCAUUCAGAAACUCAACGAACGGUACGGAACGCUGCGGCAGCUGGAGAAAGAUCUGCUGUCCGGACCUAAGGUUCAUUUGGGUGCUGUACUGGAGGAGAUGACCAACAUUGUGCAGACGCCGAUGAAACCGAUCGGUGUUGAUCAGCGUGAAGAUGUGGCUGGUCAAUUUGUGAAAGUGCUUGAUCUUGUGGCUUCAAUUGUACUGCGACCGAUCAGUAGUCCGCAAGAUGAGGAAAAUCUGAAUAUAUUCCAGUGGAUCAUUGACCGGGCUCUGCACAAUGACGCAUUUGUGGCGCACUUUGCCCAGAUCAAGGACCACAAGAACAAACUGUUGAAGCUGAAGAUGCAGCUCGCACCGAAGACUGGCCACUUUUCCAAGAGUGCUAACACAUGCGGUGUGGCCGGUGGUUUGAAUAAGCCAAGAUGGACCGCGAAUAAUAAGCAUAAACCGUGCGGUGUUGCAAGUGAACCGCAAGUAAAACCACACCGGAAGAGCUCUAUUCCGUACUUCGUACCUCCUGGUCAAGCUCAGGUUGCAUCGGCCACCAUGGCACAGCAAUACUUUCAUCAUACCGCCGGCAAUAACGUCGGUAAUGGUGCGGCCAACUACAACAAAAGCUCCUCCUAUCCCAGCUUCGCAUCCAGUUCCGGAACGAUGCAUGGCAUGAAACCAAUGGGUCCCGUUCCCAGUAACCCGUCUUCGAUGCAGCAGCAACCGCAGGCUCACCAACCGCACCAACAGAAUCAUGCAAUGCAAACGUCAUCGAUCGGGGUGCAUAUCCCGCAUCAAUCAUCAUCGCUGCAACCUCCCGCUGCUGCCAUGCAGCAUCCGAACUUCAUGUUCCAUCGUCAUUCGCUCAGCAAUAUCACACCUCACAGUGCCAGCUCAUUGGCACCGCCAAUGUUUCUUUCCAAUCUCAACUCUCUCUCGGCCGAAAACUGUUCGGGAGGUGGCAAAAGUGAGGGAGGGAAGAUGAACUCGAGCUCCACGAUGGCAGGUAGAACGGCUAGCUUCGAUGGUCAAGGAGGGAUGAUGGCUGGCAAGUUAAACAACGAUCGGUGCGUGAAAGAUUUCCCUGUUCAAGGUGGUGACGGUGGUGUCGGUGGCGGCAGUGAAAACAGCAGCAGUUUAGCUCAUAACAACAGUAUCGGUGACAUCAACACGCGGCUAGAGUUUCUGUGUCGCCAGAUGACGGAACAAGCGAUCAACUAAGAGCAGAGUGUUAUAUACUGGUUAUACUGGAGGCUAGAGAGAACAAGAGAGGGAGAGAGAGAUAGGCUGCAGGGAUAAGCGAUUGUAUCUAAAAUGCCGGUAUGACAUGAUCGAAUGAACUUCGAAUGGUGAUAUGAAGGAAUCGGAGGACCGUUAGCGAGUGGGCAAGUAGUGUAAUGAAGAUCUUAGGUUAAGCAGAAAACAUCCAGUACGACGACGCGCUCCCCCAUAUUAAGGGAGCAUCGAAACACACACACACUAUUUGCUGUGCUCUGCUUAGAAGAUCGUUUAGCUUAGCGAAGCGAUUGUUGUUUUAAUCAAUUUGGUCGUGUAGCUAUUCAAAGUUCAAUUAUCUCAUCUUAAGCGACGAUGUUGUGACAUGCACUGAUGUCUCUCUAUCUGUCCUGUCCCAUCAGCCUAUCUGUUUGAAUGUGUGUUUGCAUGUAUUGGUGUGUGUGUGCGG